UCGCGAGAUCUCAGAUGGCAAACGACUCACCAGACUGGACGCUAAUUGGAUGAAGAAAUCAUAUGUGAGAUGAUCCGUCCAAUCAGACGGUGUAUAUUCAUAACCUCAGGCUUCAGAAAAAAAGUACUUUUAAAACGGCAAACCAUGACGUCAUCUCAGCUGUUUCUUUUCUUUUUUUUUAUUAUCGAAAGCACUUGAAGUAGGCUACUAAUAACUGGAGAAUCAAUAAACAUUAAAAGACAAUUGAACCUCGAGAAAAGUCAUUUUAGCAGGGAAUCCUUUUAGAUUGUUCAUCCUUAUCUAACAUGUUGUAAACACAUUUGAUCAAGAUCGUGUUGUUGAACAAUUUCAAUUAACAAUUUUUCUCUUCUUUCAUUUUAACUGUAUUUAAUCUAAACCACGUUUUAAAACUUUUGGUUAAAAUAUGGUGCCAGUAAUAUUAAUAAAACGCAUCAAAAUUGAAUAAAAUACCGAAUAACAUUUGCUAACGUAAUGUAAUACAUAUGAUAUUUGCUUCAAAAGAUGCAGGGAAAAAUUCCUUUUUAGGACUUUUGAAAUAUAUUGGACUUUCAUUUCUAUGAACCUGCCUGCCACCAGAGGGCGCUGCGCGUGACAACAUUUCUCACACUGGCGUCUCGUGCAUGACAGUCAUGUAGUCGCGUGGUGCUGAUGUGAGGAACUCCGAUUUUACGCUGUUUGCACGAGCUUUACAGAGCCACGCCGGGUGGAUAUGAUUUUCGCCGACGACGUGGGAGACGUUUAACCUUUACGUCCACCAAAGUAUCGGCGCAUUCAUAUUUUAAAACAUGCGCGAAUGUUUGUGGAGAUAGCGGAAUCGCUGUAUUGCAAGCGGGAAUGAGCUCGUAGAGGGAGGAGCGCUUCGCUCGGCUCGCCGUGAAGGGAGAUGAUGAUGAUGAUGGUGGCAGAGGGAUCUGGAGGAUGCGGCAGUCGCGAAUUUCGCCGUUUUCUGAAAGGUUAAUGGCAACUGGUGGAUGUUAAAGCGAAGGGCGCCGAGGUUCAAGCAAGCUGAAAUCGGAAUAUGCAUGUGGCGAGCACUGUGAUGAGCGUGCAUCGAAAUGCAUUGAGUUCCAAGUAAAACUAGGUGGAUAAUGUCAGAGCGGAAAAGGCCGACAGUCAUGGACCAGAGAGGUCAAGGUGUGUGAAGAAUCUAGACAGGGAUGCAAUUAGGAAAAUUAGAGGAUGCAUUUUAAAAUACAUGGACAUGUUUAAUGUGCAUUUUAAUGGCACUAAAUAUUAAUAGUGCACCUCAAUCCUGAAUUAAAAAAAAAAAAAAUCAAAGCAAUUUCUAAUUUGACUUAGACUUCAUAGUACACCGAGCAAUAUGAUGUGCGAAGUGAUGCCAACCAUAAAUGAGGGGGACUCGGUGAGUUCCCAGAGAGGCUCUCAGAACGGCACGGAUGCCGAGUCUAAUUUUGAACAGCUGAUGGUGAAUAUGUUAGAUGAGAGAGAUAAGCUGCUGGAGUCUUUACGGGAGACACAGGAGACCCUCAUCCAGUCGCAGACCAAACUCCAGGAUGUGCUUCACGAGAGAGAUGUGCUUCAGAGACAGCUCAACUCCGCGUUACCGCAGGCUGCUCUCAAGGUCACUAAAACUCAUCACCUGUCCUGAGUGGAGCACUUCUUUGAGACCCAGCUCCACCACUUGGCCGUCCUGUAACAGUGAGUUUGCUACCCUGACUAAGGAGCUGAAUUUGUGUCGAGAGCAGCUUCUAGAAAAAGAGGAGGAGAUAUCCGAGCUUAAAGCAGAGAGGAAUAAUACCAGGCUUCUUUUGGAGCACUUGGAGUGUCUGGUGUCUCGUCACGAGCGUUCGCUGAGGAUGACUGUGGUGAAGAGGCAGGCUCCUCCGCCAUCCGGGGUGUCUAGUGAGGUGGAAGUGCUCAAAGCUUUGAAAUCCCUCUUCGAGCAUCAUAAGGCCCUGGAUGAAAAAGUGCGUGAAAGGUUACGUGUGGCUCUUGAAAGGGUGACUACAUUAGAAGGACAGCUGGCAGCUGCCAGUCAGGAGGUGGUCAUGUUGAGGCAGAGAAAGGACGGACGAGCAGAUGGGGAUGCUGUGGACAGGAUGGACAGCUCUAAACCUACUUGGAAGAGGCUUCCCAAUGGCUCCAUCGAUGUGCAUGACGACACCAGCAGGUGUCUGGAGCUGCAGGAACUGCUGGAUAAGGCCAAUAAGGAGCUGGCCCAAAACAGAGACCGGGUCAGCGGCCUGACCAAUCGCAUGUCUGAGCUUGAGACGGAACUGGCUACCGCCCGCAAAGACCUACUGAAGAGCGAAGAGAUGAGCGCCAAACACCAGAGGGACAUACGCGAGGCGAUGGCACAGAAGGAGGACAUGGAGGAGCGAAUCACAACGUUAGAAAAGCGUUACCUGGCCGCCCAGAGAGAAACCACCUCUAUCCAUGACCUGAAUGACAAGCUAGAGAACGAGCUGGCCACCAAGGAUUCACUUUACCGUCAGAGUGAGGAGAAGGUACGACACCUCCAAGAAUUGCUGGAGUUGGCGGAACAGCGGCUACAGCAGACCAUGAGGAAGGCAGAGACUCUGCCCGAGGUGGAGGCUGAACUGGCCCAGAGAGUGGCCGCCCUCACCAAGGCCGAGGAGCGUCAUGGCAACAUCGAGGAGCGUUUGCGCCAACUGGAGGCCCAGCUGGAGGAGAAGAACCAAGAGCUGGGCAGGGCUCGGCAGAGGGAGAAGAUGAAUGAGGAGCAUAACAAACGUCUGUCUGACACUGUGGACCGUCUCCUCACCGAGUCCAAUGAACGGCUUCAGCUGCACCUGAAGGAGCGCAUGGCUGCGCUGGAGGACAAGAAUGCACUCAUCCAUGAUCUGGAAAAUUCCCAAAAACAACUGGAGGAGUUCCAUCACACCAAGGAAAGGCUCAUUGGGGAGAUUGAGAAGUUGCGGGCUGAACUCGAUCAUCUGAAGCGCAGGAGCGGGGCAUUUGGGGACGGAACACAUCCUAGGUCUCAUGUUGGCAGUGCCACAGACCUGCGCUUCUCGGUGGUAGAAGGACAGGGGGAUCAUUACUCCUCCACAGGGGUCAUACGACGGGCUCAGAAAGGUCGACUGGUGGCACUCAGGGAUGAACCCACGAAGAUCCUGCCGAUGGUGGAUCAGGAUUGGGAUCGCUCUCAGCCUUCCAGCUUGCGGGCUAGUCGUACUCACCUGAUGGGAAGCGACACCGAGCUGUCUGACUUGGACGAUGAAGACCGUGAGACUAUAUUCAGCUCAGCAGAUAUGCUGUCCCCCAGCGGGCACUCAGACGCCCAGACGCUUGCCCUCAUGCUACAAGAACAGCUGGAUGCCAUCAACGAGGAGAUCAGAAUGAUCCAGGUGGAGAGGGAAUCAGCGGAGCUCCGGGCAGAUGAGAUUGAGAGUCGAGUGAACAGCGGCAGUAUGGACGGCCUCAAUGUGACCCUGCGGCCGCGCUCCUCCAUCCCCACCUCUGUCACCGCCCUCUCCCUGGCCAGUUCAUCACCUCCCGUCAGCGGCCGAUCCACGCCAAAACUGACAUCUGGUUCAGCGGCCCACGAGUUGGGCAUCAUGACCCUGCCUAGUGAUUUAAGGAAACAUCGCAGGAGAGUGGCUUCCCCUGUGGAGGCCAGAGAGGACAAAGCCACCAUCAAGUGUGAGACGUCGCCCCCUUCCUCCCCCCGAAGUCUCAGACUUGACCAAAUGAACUUCGCUCAACUAACAGGAAGCCUUGAGGAUGGCCGAGGGGGCAACAAAAAGAAGGGCAUAAAGUCCUCCAUCGGCCGUCUCUUUGGCAAGAAAGAGAAAGCUCGUUUAGAUCAGCCUCUGAGCAGGGACGGCCAGAUGACACCACCUGUCAUUCCAGAUUUCGAGAUGAGUAUUGGAGAUACCAUGACCUUGAGCAAACUGGGCACACAGGCAGAGCGAGACCGCAGGAUGAAGAAAAAGCAUGAGCUGCUGGAGGAUGCCAGGAGGAAAGGGCUUCCUUUUGCUCAGUGGGACGGCCCCACUGUGGUCUCCUGGCUCGAGCUGUGGGUGGGCAUGCCAGCUUGGUACGUGGCAGCGUGUCGUGCCAAUGUGAAGAGCGGCGCCAUCAUGUCGGCACUGUCGGACACGGAGAUUCAGCGAGAGAUCGGCAUCAGUAACCCGCUGCAUCGUUUGAAACUGAGGCUGGCCAUCCAAGAAAUGGUGUCACUGACGAGUCCUUCAGCUCCUCUCACCUCACGCACAUCUUCCGGAAAUGUGUGGGUGACACACGAGGAGAUGGAAAACAUGGCAACCUCCACCAAAAUGGAGAAUGAGGAAGGAAGCUGGGCUCAGACGUUAGCAUAUGGUGACAUGAACCAUGAGUGGAUUGGGAACGAGUGGCUGCCCAGUCUUGGCCUGCCUCAGUACCGAAGCUACUUCAUGGAGUGCUUGGUGGACGCUCGUAUGCUGGACCACCUUACUAAGAAAGACCUGCGGACACAUCUCAAGAUGGUGGACAGCUUCCACCGGGCUAGUUUGCACUAUGGCAUAAUGUGCUUAAAAAGGCUGAACUAUGACAGGAAGGAGUUGGAGCGAAGAAGAGAGGAUUUCCAACAUGACAUCAAAGAUACCCUGGUGUGGACCAAUGAUCAUGUGAUGCAGUGGGUUCAGAACAUUGGUCUGAAGGAAUACAGUAAUAACCUGCUGGAAAGCGGCGUGCACGGAGCUCUCAUUGCCUUAGAUGAGACAUUUGACUUCAGCAGCUUGGCCCUCAUUCUACAGAUCCCCAUGCAAAACACCCAGGCUAGGCAGAUUCUAGACAGGGAGUUCAAUAACCUCUUGGCAUUGGGAACGGACCGGCGCCUGGAAGAGUGUGAUGACAAGUCAUUCCGAAGGUCUCCAUCGUGGCGUAAGCGCUUCAGGCCGAGGGACGGCCAGGGUCUGGGUAUGAUGCCAGGGUCCAUAGAGACUCUUCCCGCUGGCUUCCGCCUCAACACCAUGUCCAUUCCUCACUCCAUGGCUGCUGUGCCCAAGAAACAGCUGCAACCAGAAGCAGCCGGUCCUCCGGCCCCGCAGAGACUAGACCCCUCAGCUGUCAGGACUUACUCCUGCUAACUUGCUUUUACUAAUCACUGCACUCACACUAACAGUGCAUUCCCACUACCUGUACGGACACAAGCUUGCGGCCUUUCGAGAAUGAAAUAUGCCAAAAUCUGGGGACACCUUGAAAAGAUGAGGGAAGGGUUAACCUCCGCCCCUCCCCUGUUCUGAACCACACCAGAGCUUUCUUGGACACCGUGCAAUAGAGGGGGACAGAAAGACGAAUUUUGAACUCUUGAGCGCGUGAAACGCAUUGCAGCCGUAAAGGAGAAAUCUCGUCAUAUCAGUCGUUUCCCAGUAAUCCCGGUUAUAUAGUCUUUGUGGUGGUCGUACUUAACUGGUGUACUUGACCCUGUAGUCUGUCAGUGCUAGUCUGCUCCUUUGGGUGUGCCAUUGGCAUUUUACUGUAUAAGGCUUUCUUCCCUUUGGUUAUGCAAACUAUUAAUCAACGUCUAUGUAUAUAUGAAAAACAGAAAAUUAUGCUAUUAUGUUUUUUAUGGAAAUAUAUAUCAGACUUGUAUAUCGAGAUGAAUAUAUCAUUAUUAUAUGAAUUUUAAAGUCUCAGUUGUGACUGUUUCCUGUCGGUUAGACAGCUUCGUCUGCUAGAAAGGGUGUUACACUUGUAGUCGGUGUCUUACACCAGUGGUGACUGGAGAAACGUGCGUUUGUGUUCACAUCAGCAGUGCUUAUCCACGUAGAAUUUCGGUCCACGCGCUUCCGGGACAUUGAGAUCGUAUGAAGCCAUGAUGCUAAAUAUUGUCAAGCAUCAGAGAAAGCAAUAGACUUCAGUUCACUUAGCAUCAGGAGAAAAAAAAAAACAAAAAAAAAAGAUUUCCAGCACGUAGGACCUGCAAACGAACAUAUGAUCUCUUUUGGUGCCGCCACUUGAAAUUGAACCACCAUGGGAGCAAAUGUUUCUUGAGCAACCCUACCAAACCAGUUAUGAGCGCGUUGGGCAUUUCUUCAUUUUUUUAAGACAGUAUUUUCUGUAUAAUUCACAGGAUGUAUCGUGCUAUUGUGGCAGCUACUGUACUGUGUGUGAAAACGUGUGUAUGUGUAUUUUAAGUGUUACACAAUGCUGACAAAUCAUGUUCUUACUUUAAGAAGUGCUCUCUAUUAAAAAAAGUAUUAAUAUAA